GUGCAUCCAGCUCGCAGUCAUUCAUCUCUCGGGGAGAGAAGAGGAAACUACAACAGGACGAGAGGAGAAGCAUUUUCUUUGAGAGGAAAGAAAGAAAAAAAAAAAAGAAAAGUUCUGGAACCUUAACCUCACACACACACACACACACACACACACACACGCGCGCACACACUUCUCGUCCUCCUGUGUGGACAUAAUCUCACCUCUCGGUCUGUCCUGCAACCGAGGACAGUUUCCUUCCUCUUUAAACUAAAAACAGAGGACAGAAGUGUUUUUGUCGGAGGAUUUUUUUUCUUUUUCUUAAAAAAGCAGAAGCAUCUGUUGCAACCUGAGAGUCACGACAGUUUAGUUUUUUAUUCUUCUUCUUCUUCUUCUUCAUCGUCGGGAGGUGACCUCAGGAGGACGCACUGGGAUCAGAGCGCUCCGGGAAGAGGAGGAAGAGGAGGAGGAGGAGGAGGAGGAGGAGGAGGGUGCGUCUCAACGAGAGACAGAGCAUCCACCCAGCUUUACACACACACACACACACACACACACCCUGACACCACAUUUCUACGAUAAUCUCACGAAAUAUCCGUCGCUCUGCGUCGCAUUUAUGUUUGGGCAUUUGUUUCGAGUGCGAGUGCAAAACUCGCAAAAAGUGCAUUAAAGCCGAAAAAAAAGGUGGGUUUUUUUCCUCCAAAAAGUCAAUUAAAGGACGCGUUAGGAUUAUUUAAGUAGAUUUAAAAGAAAAAAAAAACUUCUUUUAACACACAAAACACACUCAUAAUCCAGGAAAAAGCAAACGAGCGGCUGCACAAUGGAUCUCCCACCAGUCAGAGGUUUAUCCGAUGUGCCGUGAGCGUCGGGAGCGCCGCGCCCCAGCCCCGGCCCGCAGCCCUGGUGCCACCCGGCCUGGCUCGCCAGGAUGGAACCUGCUCACUCCUUCAGGAUGGAGCUGGACAGCCUGGACCUCCAGCAGGUCCCGGUGCUGUCACUCGACCAGAUACGUGCCAUCCGGGCCAACAAUGACUAUGUGGACCGGCCCGUGGCUCUGGAACCGGCGACGCAGUCCGGAUUUUUUUACGCUCACGAAGACCGCUACCCUCAUGGAGUAUUCACCCAUCACCCCGCGCCUUCCUUCCACUCUGCUCUCCCCCGAAGCCAAAGUCAGCAGCAGCACGCUCACCUGGCCCACCUGAGCCGCUCCAGCACCAUAAGCUCUUCCAUGUCCCGGACCAGUACCACGUCAGACCAGCGGCUACUGGCGGGUCUGACACCGUCCCACUCUGGGCUCGGAUCGGUGGUGCGGUCUCAACCCAAAGGAGAACUGAAGCCCGACGCCUCCUUCGGCAAAGGCCUGACAGGUGAGGAGGCGGAGCUCGGCCCUCACCUGUUCAUCUGCGAGCGGUGCGGUCGCUGCAAGUGCCAAGAGUGCUGCGCCCCGCGCCGCCUGCCGUCCUGCUGGGCCUGCGGCGAGCGCUGCCUCUGCUCGGCCGAGAGCGCGGUGGAGUACGGCACGUGCCUGUGCUGCGUCAAAGGCCUGUUCUACCACUGCUCCGCCCAGGACGACGAGGACAACUGCGCCGACCGGCCGUGCUCCUGCGCUCCGGCCCACGCCUGCGCCCGCUGGGGCACGAUGGGGCUGCUGGCGCUCUGCUUGCCCUGCCUCUGCUGCUACCCCCCUGCCAGGCUGUGCCUUGCCCUGUGCCAGCGCGCCCACGACCGGGCCACGCGCCCCGGAUGCAGGUGCAGCAACACCAACACCGUGUGCCGCAAGAUCUCCGCCUCCAACCCCAACUCCGGUCACCCCUCGCUCCGCAGCAAAGCUCUGGAGAAGCCGUUAUGACAGGCUGGGACGGGUCGCCGGGUAACUCCGCCUCUCCUCAGCCGUGGCCAAAGCAACCAAUCAAGAGUGCUACGUGUGACGUCGUGACGUCGU